AUGUCAGAGAUUGUGGCAGAUUGUGGACGGAGUUCCCUCUUUUUAUUACUCUAUGGUUAUUCGAUAGAUUCGAUAGAAAAAUAAAAGAGAAGAUAUAAAAUAUAUGAGGGUUAUUAAAAUUAGAUUAUUUGUAUUAAUUUAAAAAUUAAAAAAUUUUAAUUAUAUAAUUUUGAAAUGACGCAUAGAAACAUAUAUAGAUUUUUAUUACCAACAAAAAAAAACUUUGUAGCGUCUGUUCGUCUUUUUAGUGUAUCAUUAAAAAGAUUAACGGAACCUAAAGUAAAAACAUUUUCUAUUUACCGAUGGAAUCCAGAUGUACCAGAAGAAAAACCAUAUAUGCAGAAUUAUCAUGUCAACUUAAAUAAGUGUGGGCCAAUGGUAUUAGAUGCAUUAAUCAAAAUAAAAAAUGAAAUUGAUCCAACUUUAACAUUUCGUCGUUCUUGUCGUGAAGGGAUAUGUGGUUCUUGUGCUAUGAACAUAGAUGGCACCAAUACCCUUGCUUGUAUAAGUUCAAUUGAUACGAGCUCAAACAAAACAAGUAAAAUUUAUCCAUUACCGCAUAUGUACAUUAUAAAAGAUUUAGUACCAGACAUGAACAAUUUUUAUUCUCAAUAUAGUAGUAUAAAACCAUGGCUUCAAAGAAAAAAAGGUAAUGACAGUGGACCAAAACAGUAUUUACAAAGUAUUGAAGAUCGGCAAAAACUUGACGGAUUGUAUGAAUGCAUAUUAUGUGCAUGCUGCAGUACAUCAUGCCCAUCAUAUUGGUGGAAUGGAGACAAAUAUCUUGGCCCUGCCGUUUUAAUGCAGGUCGAGAAUUAUGUUUAUAAAACGGGUCUAUUAACAAUACUAGAAAAUUGGAAUUAAAAACUCUUACGAGAAAAUAAAAAAGUGAUAUGGAAAACAGUGAGAUCAAUACUUACAGACUCUAGUACAAGAAUGCAUCAGAAAGAUAGAAAGCGACUGGGUGAUCUUACCUCCAGGAUCAACUAAAAUCCAUCGGCACGCGUAAAAAUUGCGAGUAUUAUUGACACACUCAGCACCAAGAGACAAGGGGACAACGAUGACGUAAUCAACGCUAGCGUCGAAAUUUUUCUCUAAUAAUUAAAAGCUUGCUAUCAGCUAACGAAGAUAACCCAUAGGUUAUAAUACCAGGCUAGUUAUGCUCGAUCUAAACGCUAACAUAUUAUCAGCCUUGCAAGAAGCGGAAUUUGUCAGAGACAUAGACUGCGAAUUAAACCUAAAACUGGUAGAUCAUGGCGCGACUUAUAAAUUCAGGGAUUCUCAUUGAGAUUCUUUUUCAGGCAAGUGUGCCCCCUGCUCUCAACAGUUUUACAUACAGGGAUUUCAAAUUAAAUAAAUCAGAGGAGCUCAUAUCUCUUCUGGCUGCUUCCGACUGGUCGUCUGUUAAUUAUUCCGAUAGCAGAGUUUACACCCGACUAGAACAUCUUAGCCUCAUGAGAGUCAUCUACCAACUUUCUCUGCUUCAACAAUUCAAACCGACAGAGAAGGGUUACCAUCUAUUAAUCGACGUUGCAUUGAGACAUCUAUACAACCGAGAAUAAGCUUUGAAAAUUCUACAUGUGCACGCCUGACCAGGCACCAGACGACGCAUUAUCGGCCCAAAGAAAAAAUUUGUGUCAAAAUAAAAAAGCGCCUCUUAUAAAUGACCUACGAGCCUGUUUUUUUUUUCAAAAUGUUGGUAGACUGAUAUAGAUUAAUAGAAAAUUAUAAAAUAUAUUGCAAUAGUUAUAAAAUUUAA